GCUGAGUGGGACACGCGCGCGCCACGUGGAGGCAGAGCCAGCGAACUCUAAUUUUUCUCUCUUUUUUUUUUCAAUAUCAACCAAACUUGGCUUUUAAUUUAAGAACACAGCACUUAGUAGUACAUUUUGUACAAGUCCGUUGCCGAGGGACCGUUUCAAUCCGCGCCGAGGAUUAUCACAUCCGCGACGGGCUUCCGCUGCUGCUGCUGCUGUUAUUGUUGCGGGCAAAGGUGACCCAUCUCUCCCAGCUCGCGUGCCCGCCACGGCUUCUCGUUAACGUCGUGAAAGAGCCCACCCCGCAGGGUCCUGUUUUCGGCUGGAGGAAUUCCAUGAGCUGCGACGGCUCCACUUUCACAGGUGCCCAACCCUCAGGCACGAUGUCCCUGCAUGGGUUGUGGAGCGUUGAGUCGUCGACCCAGCCAGCUAAGGUCGAGGUCUUCUCCCGGUCAGUAUCGGUGACGAUGAUCUCAACCAGACAUUGAUGAUAAAUUUAAAGAGACCGCGACACACCUGGGCGGUGAGACCGCGCCGCUGUACAGGACGACGCGACCUGACUGCCAUACCCACGAGUAAUCCCACCGACUCACUCGACGUGCCGGUGGAGGCAGUCGAUCAGGAGGCGACAUGGUCAUCCUUCGGCAGGGCGACCAUGUCUUCCUGGACGUGGAGAAUCCCGGGGAGUUUGCGGUCCCCACCGGAGCCGUUGUCAAACUCUCCGACUCCGGCAAAGUUCUGCUGCUGGAUGACGAAGGGACCGAGCAUUGGGUGACUCCGGCCAACGAGAGCCUCAUCCGGCUGAUGCACCCGACGUCAGUGACGGGCGUGGAGGACAUGAUCCGCCUGGGGGACCUGCACGAGGCGGGAAUUCUUCGCAACCUGCUCACGCGAUACCGGGAGGACCUCAUAUACACGUACACGGGCUCCAUCCUGGUCGCCGUGAACCCCUACAAGACGCUGAACGUCUACUCGCCCGAGGCGAUCCAGCAGUACCGUGGGCGCAAGGUGGGCGAGCUGCCGCCACACAUCUUCGCGCUCGCCGACAACGCCCACUUCAACAUGCGGCGCAACGAGCGCAACCAGUGCUGCAUCAUCAGCGGGGAGUCCGGCGCUGGCAAGACGGAGAGCACCAAGCUCAUCCUGCAGUUCCUGGCGGCCGUGAGCGGUCAGCACUCCUGGGUGGAACAGCAGAUCCUGGAGGCGAACCCCAUCCUCGAAGCCUUCGGCAACGCCAAGACGAUCCGGAACGACAACUCGAGCCGCUUCGGGAAGUACGUGGAGAUUCACUUCAACGAGAAAAGCGUCAUCGAGGGAGCACGCAUCGAGCAGUACCUCCUGGAGAAGACGCGCGUGUGUGGGCAGGCCGAGCAGGAGCGCAACUACCACAUCUUCUACUGCCUACUGCUCGGCUCGAGUGACGAACAAAAGAAGAGACUGGGCCUCGGGAAGCCGGCGGACUACGCCUUCCUCACCACGGGCAACUGCACGCGCUGCGACGGGCGCGACGACCUCAAGGAUUUCGCGAGCAUCCGCUCCGCGAUGAAGGUGCUCGCCUUCUCCGAGACCGAGUACCUGGACAUCUCCAAGAUGCUGGCGAGCAUCCUGCACCUGGGGAACCUCAAGCUGCAAGGCACGGUGAGCAGCAACAUCGAGUGCUGCGAAAUUCUCACCAACGACCACCUGACCUGGGCCUCCAAGCUUCUCGAGGUGGAUGAGGCCGAGGUUCAAGAGUGCCUCACCAAGAAGGUGAUGCUGAUGCGUGGGGAGAAGGUGACGACGCUGCUCAGCAUGGCGCAGACUCAGGAGGUCCGGAACGCCUUCGUGAAGGCGAUCUACGGCAAGAUGUUCGUGUGGAUCGUGGACAAGAUGAACUCCAUCGUGUACAAGCCGCCCUCUCGCGGCGGCGGCGAGCAGGAGGAGGAGCGACGCUCCAUCGGCCUCCUCGACAUCUUCGGCUUCGAGAACUUCCAGACGAACAGCUUCGAGCAGUUCUGCAUCAACCUGGCCAACGAGGCGCUGCAGCAGUUCUUCGUGGGACACAUCUUCAAGCUGGAGCAGGAGGAGUACGAGCGAGAGUCCAUCUCGUGGAAGAACAUCACCUUCACGGACAACCAGGAGGCCCUCGACAUGAUCUCCAGCCGCCCGCUCAACCUCAUCGCGCUCAUCGACGAGGAGAGCAAAUUCCCGCAGGGCACGGACGCCACGAUGCUCGCCAAGUUGACGGCGCAGCACAAGAAGAACGCCCACUUCAUCCCACCCCGGAGCAACCACAGCACGCGCUUCGGGAUCUCGCACUUCGCCGGGGACGUCUUCUACGAGAGCUCGGGGUUCCUGGAGAAGAACCGCGACUCCCUGAUCCCCGACAUCCUCGCGCUGGUGCAGUCCUCGAAGAACUCUUUCCUCACGCGCAUCUUUGCCAGCGACCUCAACACCGACAAGGGCUCGAUUCCGUUCCACAAGCGCGCCGGCGACUCGGUGAGGGUGCACGGCACCCUGACGCACCGGCGCCCCACCACGCUCAGCGGGCAGUUCCGCAAGUCGCUGGAGGAGCUCAUGAAGGCGCUGGGCCUGUGCCAGCCGUGGUUCAUCCGCUGCAUCAAACCCAACGACGUCAAGAAGCCCCUGCUCUUCGACCGGGAGCUGUUCGUGCGCCAGCUGCGCUACUCAGGGAUGAUGGAGACGAUCCGCAUCCGGAGGUCGGGAUACCCUAUCCGUUACACCUUUGCCGAGUUUGUGGAGCGCUAUCGCUUCACGCUGCCCGGCUUCCAGCCCAAGGAGGCCCAGGCGAACCCAAUGGGAACGUGCAAGAAGAUUCUGGGGGCCACGCUGGGGAAGGACGAGGACUUCCAGAUCGGAAAGAACAAGGUCUUCCUCAAGGACAAUCACGACAUGGUGCUGGAGCUGUCCCGGGACAAGAGCAUCAACGACAAGGUCACCAAGAUCCAGGGCGUGAUGCGCGUCUAUGUCGCGCGGAAACGCUUCCUGAAGAUGAGGGCGGCGUCCGUCAUGAUCCAGAAGCACUGGCGCGGUUACUCGGAGCGCCGAUUCUACCUCACGAUCAAGCUGGGCCUGGCCCGGCUGCAAGCGGUAGUGCAGAGCCGCAAGCUGGUGCUGCAGUUCUCCCGCACGCGCCGCGCCGCCGUCGUCAUCCAGGCUCACGCGCGCGGCCUCAUCGCUCGCCGGCGCUACCGGCUCCAUAAAACCCAGGGUCUGCCCAUGGUCCAGGAGGAAUUCAAGGAGGACAUGGACCUGGACAGGAACGAAGACAAAAUGCUGGACGAGAUCUUCGGAUUCUUGGGACUCACCGCCAUGGAGGAAAUGGACCACGUCGGCAUGGACAUGACGACGGACUUGGAUGAGGACCUGGGGCAACGUGGUGAUGACGACGACGACGACGACGAGGAGAAGCGACGCCGCGGCGAGCUCCGGGACUACACCUUCGCCAAGUUCGCCGCAGUCAACUUCCAGGGCAGCUCCACGCACACGCACGAGAGGCGAUUGCUGCGGGUGCCGCUGCUCCACCACCAGGACGAGACGGACAGGCGGGCGAGCGUGGCCGUGUGGAGGAUGGUGCUGCGCUUCAUGGGAGAUCUCCCCGAGCCGCAAGCCACGGGGGGUCAGGGGGCGCGUGACCCCAACCGUGACCCCAACCGCGUGUCCAUCAUCCGCGUCAUCUACGAGAGCCUGCAGAACCCGCGCGGAGCGAAGGGGACCGAGUGGCUGGAGGAGGCGCCGCUCAACAACCUCCAGAAGGUCCACUUCAUCAUCGGCUAUGCCAUCCUGCGGCCCGCGAUCCGGGAUGAGAUCUACUGCCAGAUCUGCAAGCAGAUCGGCGACAAUCUGAUCCGCAGCAGCUACGCCCGCGGCUGGAUUCUCCUCUCCCUCUGCCUCGGCUGCUUCCCUCCCUCCGACAACUUCAGCAAGUACCUGAGGAGCUUCCUGAGUGAGGGCCCGCCAGGGUACGCGCCGUACUGUGACGCGCGCCUCAAGAGGACUCUGGCCAACGGGUGCCGAACCCAGCCCCCCAGCUGGCUCGAGAUGCAGGCCACCAAGUCCCGGCGCGUGUCGCCGCUGCCCGUGGGGCUGAUGGACGGCCGCACGGUGCCGCUGAGCGCCGACUCGGCGUGCACGGCACGCGAGCUCGUGGCGGCUCUCGCCGGCAAGAUCGGCCUGCAGGACGACUUCGGCUUCUCCCUCUUCAUCUCCUUCCAGAACAAGGUGUCGUCGCUGGGCGGGGGCCGGGAGCACGUGCUGGACGCGGUGUCGCAGUGCGAGCAGCUGAGCCGCGAGCAGGCCGGCGGCACCGAGCAGGCCGCCCCCUGGCGCCUCAUCUUCCGCAAGGAGCUCUUCGCGCCGUGGCACGACGCCGGCGCCGACGCCGUCGCCACCGAGCUCAUCUACCGCCAGGUGGUGCGCGGCCUGCGCUUCGGCGAGUACCGCGCCGACACGGACUCCGAGCUGGUGCAGCUGGUGGCGUGGCGCUGCUUCGUGCAGCACGGCGCCAGCCCCUCGGCGGCGGACGUUGCUCAGGCGGUGGCCGAGACGGUGCCCGAGCGGGCGCUCACCGCCGCCAAACACCGCUCGGUGUGGGCCGGCGAGGUGGAGGAGGCGCUGAGACAGUCUGACUACGCGAAGCAAGGCCUGAGCGCUCUGGCGGUGCAGGAGAAGAUGGUCGACUUUGCGCGCGUAAAGUGGCCCGUCCUCUUCUCCCGCUUCUUCGAGGCCUACAAGGUGUCGGGUCCGAGCGUGCUCAAGAGCGAGCUGAUCGCCGCCGUGAGCUCCGUGGGGCUGCAUCUGCUGGACGGGGACGAGCACGUCCUCAUGCUGCUCACCUUCCCCGAGAUCGUCGCCAUCACCACCGCCAGCCGGCGCAAGCUGGCGGGACCCGCCGUGACCAUGUCGACGCUGCGGGGGGACGAGAUCGUGCUGGCCACGCCGGCGGCCAACGAGUUCAACGACCUCCUCGUCUUGCUCCUGCAGGGCCUCAGGAGCCGAUCGCGACACCUCGUGGCGAUGCAGGAGAGCCGCGUCAUCGACGGCGACGCGGGCGUGCUCGCGUGCCACAGGGGCGACCUCAUCGUGCUGGAGGGCGACAAGACAGCGGGCGAGGCGCUGCCCCAGGGGAGCUGGACGCAGGGCCGCAACGACCGCACGGGACUCACGGGCGAGUUCCUGUCGGACAGCGUCUACGUGCUGCCCGUGCUUGAGAAACCCAGCAAGGCCAUCCUGAGCCUUUUCGCAGCAAACCCCGAGGGUCAGCGUCGAGGCUCCACAGUGUCGCAGCAGCCGGAGGAUCGCAACGCAUUCUACACCCUGGAGCAGUUCGCGCAGGACCACUUCAGGCCGCUGCCGCAGGGCACCGUGAAGCAGGUGGUGGAGGUGCGUGGGCGCCGCAAGGACCGCCUCUGGGCCUGCUCCCGGGAGCCCCUCCUGCAGCCGCUGCUGCACAGCGUCAUCGGAGAUCACAUGGCCAAGGACGCGUGCAACGCCUUCAUCGCCAUCCUCAAGUACAUGGGGGACUUCCCGAUGCGGCAGGUGACCUCCGACCCGGGCACCGACCUCACCGACCAGGUGUUCAGGCCGGCGCUGAAGAACGCCUGCAUGCAGGACGAGAUCUACUGCCAAAUCCUCAAGCAGCUCACCGACAACAAACAGGGGUAUAGCGAGGAGAAGGGCUGGGAGCUGCUGUGGUUGUGCCUGGGUCUGUUCCCGCCGGGACCGGCGCUGGCUCCGCACGUCCAGGAGUUCCUCAAGUCGCGGCAGCGAACGGCUCACGUCGCCCGGCUGAACCGCAGCCUGCAGAACAGCGGGUUUCCCCUGCGCAGGUACCCGCCGCACCUGCGCGAGGUGAAGGCAGCGCAGCACAAGUCGCGCAAGCUGCACCACCCCGUCUCCUUCCCCGACCAGUCGGAACAGACGUUCGAGGUGGACGCGGGCACGCGAGUGCGCGAGCUCUGCCUGGCCAUCGCCAAGAAGCUGCAGCUCAAGUCGCAGGAGGGGUUCUGCCUCUUCAUCAAGAUCCUGGACAAGGUGGUGAGCAUGCCAGAUGGAGACUUCUUCUUUGACUUCGCCAGGCAAAUGGAGGAGUGGACCAACAGUGGGAGGGUGGCACGGGAAGGCCAGGCAGCUGCCCCCAUGCCGGAGUACCAGGUGCACUUUCUGCGCAAGCUCUGGGUCAACGUGGUCCCGGGGAAGGACCCCACCGCAGACAACUUGUUCCACUACCCGCAGGAGCUACCCAAGUUUCUGCGCGGCUUCCACAAGGUGUCCCGCGAAGACGCCGUGCAGCUGGCGGCGUUGGUGUUCCGCGCCCGCCACGGUGACGAGCGAGCCGCCAUCUCCGGCAUCGGGCGCAGCCUCAAGGAGCUGCUGCCCCACGACCUCCUGCCCGAUGCCUCCACCGACGCGUGGAAGAAGUUGAUCGUCGCAGCCAUCAGCAAGAACGCCGGCAAGACGCACGACGAAGCUAAGCUGGCGUUCCUCAAGAUCAUCAGCAGGUGGCCUACGUUCGGAACGACCUUCUUUGACGUCAAGCAAAUCUCCGAGCCCACCUACCCCGACAUCCUGCGGAUCGCCAUCAACAAGCACGGGCUGAGCCUCAUCAACCCCAAGACCAAGGACAUACUAGCUCAGCACAGCUUCACCAAGAUCUUCAACUGGAGUAGCGGGAGCACGUACUUCCACAUCACCAUCGGCAGCGCCGUGAACGGUACCAAGCUGCUGUGCGAAACGUUCCUGGGCUACAAAGUGGACGACCUCCUGACCUCGUACAUCAACCUCCUCAUGAGCAAGCAGCAAGGGGACACGAGGUCGGCCGGGAAUUACCGAUAGCCGCCGGGAGCCACGGCCGCCGGGAGCCACGGCCGCCGGGAGCCACGGCCGCGCGACGUGGAGCGACGUCGACGGAGAGAACUGACGAUGAGCCCUCGGGGUCAAGGUCGGAGAGGUCACCGAGGCCAGUGACGCUGAUGACGUCAUCACACCUCGCCAUUGCAUCAUCGCGCGUCGCUGUGACAUCACGCAUCGCUAUGACAUCACACCUCGUCGUGACAUCGCAACUCGCUAUGACAUCGCAACUCGCUAUGACAUCACAACUCGCUAUGACAUCACACCUCGCCAUGACAUCACGCAUCGCUGUGACAUCACACCUCGUCGUGACAUCACACCUCGCUAUGACAUCACACCUCGCCAUGACAUCACACCUCGCUAUGACAUCAUACCUCGCUAUGACAUCACAACUCGUUAUGACAUCACACCUUGCCAUGACAUCACAACUCGCUAUGACAUCAUACCUCGUUAUGACAUCACUCCUCGCUAUGACAUCACACCUCGCUAUGACAUCACUCCUCGCUAUGACAUCACAACUCGCUAUGACAUCACAACUCGCUAUGACAUCACAACUCGCUAUGACAUCACAACUCGCCAUGACAUCACACCUCGCUAUGACAUCACACCUCGCCAUGACAUCACAACUCGCUAUGACAUCACAACUCGCCAUCGGCCACUUCCCUUCCUGGACAGUCAUUGGCUGAGUGCCCGAGGCUCGAAAAAAUGAAGAAUUACAACUCAUUGGCACGCCACGGAUCCGUCGAUUUUCAUCCGCGAUUCAGGGCCAAUUGUAACGUGUCGAACGGCGCACGAAAGAAUGUAAAUGUACAAUCUGUGCAAAUCGUGUGCAAACUCGAUGCUGCUGCUGUUGCUGCUGCUGCUUCUGCUGCUGUUGCUGCUGCUGCUUCUGCUGCUGCUGCUUCUGCUGCUGCUGCUGCUGCGGUGCGUAACGGUGAAGGCGCGUCCGGCUUGCGAUGCGGAGGUGGUGUGUCCGACUUGACCGCAGUUAGCCGAUUCGUUCGGCUUUCACGCGGGCGGGGAAAGGUGCGGUCGCUUACUUCCCCUCCAAUAGGCCUCGGCCUGGCAUGGAAGAGCCUUUAGAGAGGGCCUCUCCAGAGCUCUCUGUCUAACAGCGGCGUGAGCAGGAAAUUUGCGAGGCUGCCCCUUUAAAUCGCAGUUCAGGCACUCUCUCCAAACCGAUGGUUCGAUUGAACGUUCUGAGGAUAACAAAUCGUCCGCGCGCCAAUCACAAGGGAUGCCACGGUGGCCGGGAGAUGUUAACGAUCUCUAGAUUUGAAGCUUUCGUGACUGCAAGGAUUCAUAGUCUUAGGUUUUUUAGGUAAAGUCACGUAGGUAAAAAAUAAAAAAAUCAAUUAAAGAGUGAUUUUUAUUUUACUUUUAUUAAUUUUAAUUUAAUAUUUUAUUUUUUACGUACGUGGCUUUACCGAAAAAAACCUAAGCGUAUGUUAACGAUCUCGCCUGGUAUGCAGGUGGUCGUGGGUUCGACCCUGACCCUGACAGCCUGUUGUGUAUUUGGAGUUUUGCGUGUCUCUCUUCCCGUGGUCGCGUGGAUUUUUUUCGGGUCCUCCAGUUUUUUUUUUGCUUACAAAAAAAAGAGCUACAUAGCUCAGUGGGCCUUGACUGAUAAAAUAAAAAGUUCCUUGUUUUUUUUCAUGUUGUCCUUCCGCCGCAUCUGCGAUGAGCGCGGUUCGGUACGUACGGUGCGAAAGAAGUUCAACAUACAGUGAGGGAAAAAAGUAUUUGAUCCCCUGCUGAUUUUGUACGUUUGCCCACUGACAAAGAAAUGAUCAGUCUAUAAUUUUAAUGGUAGGUUUAUUUGAACAGUGAGAGACAGAAUAACAACAAACAAGUAUAACCCGUAAAAACAAAGUUUUUCACUAUAAAUCCUUUAUAUGCGUGGCGGCUAGAGUCCUCUCGUCCUCUGGCUUGAGAUGGCUGCCACCUAUGGGUCAGAUGAUUGCAUGGCAGCAUUAAGCAAUUGGUAAUUAAAUAUAAUAUUUUUGUCCUAAAAAGUGUAACAUUUUGGGAAAAAAUUUUCACGAACAUUAAUUGUCACGCACAACGAGUCUGUGUGGAAAAUGUUAGCUCGAUUGGAUCACAGGAAGUGGGUUAAAAAACGACCGAAAGAUUUGCACGGUCGUAAGCAAGCAAGCGAACUUAAUAUAAAGGAUUUAAAAAUCCAGAAAAAUGCAUGUCAAAAAUGUUAGAAAUUGAUUUGCAUUUUAAUGAGGGAAAUAAGAAAAUAAAUCGCUGUACAUACAUGUAGAAAUAUAUAUCAUUUACUGCACAUAUCACAACAAAUAUUUCGGCUGCCACGAAGAAUAUUUUCACCAUCACCGACGAUGACUCGGACUCUGGAUACCUGCCCGCUACUUGGGGGUCCUUGUGAAUAAGGGGACCAAUGGAACCCCCAGAGAGGACCCCUUAUAGACGGGGCCACACGUCAACACGACCGCGUUUUUGAUCUUGUCAUAUUUAUGUCGAUUUUCACGUCGCAAUCAAAAUAUCCUUGAUGGCAAACGUGCGCUUGUCUCGCGAAACGCUGUGGAAGUGAUAAUAAAUUAACCCGU